AAUACAAUUGUUUUUGUAAUUGUGUUGAAAUGUGAACAAAUACACGAUUUAUUGGACCUUAUUCGUUUAUCCAUAAUGUAUAGUUAUGUGUUUAGAAAGUGUGCAUGGUAGCAAAAUCGAUUGCCUGUUUUUCAGGUUUUUGACAGCAACUUUACAUAUUGAAAACUGAUCGCUGGUAAACAAAACGUCACGGAGGCCGACACGGGAGUGGAGCGGAUAGCUAGCUAGCUAGCUAAUUAACAGGGGCAGGCCAUGAGCAGGGCGUGAUGGGGCGCGGGCCCCGGCGGGUGGUGAGGGUCUGAUGAGCGGCUGUGCCGAGGCGCCUGCGCGGGGGAUGUUGCGCUGGACGGUGCACCUGGAAGGAGGGCCGCGGAGGGUCAACCACGCGGCGGUGGCCGUGGGCCACAAGGUCUACUCGUUUGGCGGCUACUGCUCCGGGGAGGACUACGAGACCCUGCGGCAGAUCGACGUUCACGUCUUCAACGCAGUGUCCCUGCGUUGGAUGAAGCUGCCUCCAGUGAGGACCAGCGGGAGAGAGCAUGCCCGGGAGGUGCCCUACAUGCGCUACGGCCACACCGCCGUGCUGGUGGACGACACCAUCUACAUCUGGGGUGGCAGGAACGACACGGAGGGUGCCUGCAACGUGCUGUAUGCUUUCGACGUCACCAGUCACAGGUGGUUCACACCCAAGAUUUCGGGCAUGGUCCCAGGGGCGAGAGAUGGACACUCGGCCUGCGUCCUGGGGAAGAGCAUGUACAUCUUUGGAGGAUACGAGCAGCUUGCUGACUGUUUCUCCAAUGACAUCCACAAGCUGGACACCACAACCAUGGCCUGGUCUCUGAUCAAUGCAAGAGGUACGCCGGCCCGUUGGAGGGACUUCCACUCGGCCACCAUCAUCGGCUCUAAGAUGUUCGUGUUCGGUGGCAGGGCAGAUCGCUUUGGUCCCUUCCACUCCAACAACGAGAUCUACUGCAACAAGAUCAAAGUGUUCGACACUGACACCAGCUGCUGGCUGGACACGCCUUCCACACAGCUACUGCCAGAGGGAAGGAGAAGUCACUCCGCCUUUGCCUAUAAUGGGGAAUUGUACAUAUUUGGAGGCUAUAAUGCUCGCCUAGAUCGGCACUUCAAUGACCUCUGGAAAUUUAAUCCAGAGAGUUUCACCUGGAAGAAGGUGGACCCCAAGGGGAAAUGGCCGUGUCCUCGCAGGAGACAGUGCUGCUGCAUCGUAGGGGACAAAAUCAUCCUGUUUGGAGGAACCAGUCCGUGUCCAGAGCAGGGGAUGGGGGACGAAUUCAACCUCAUGGAUCACUCUGACCUGUACAUCCUGGACUUCAACCCUAAUUUGAAGACAUUAUGCAAAAUAGCUGUUAUCCAGUACAGCCUGGAUCAGUCUGGUCUGCCACAUGACAUCAGGGCCAGAAAAACAGAACGUGAAAUUGUGUAUUCUACACAGUUCUGGUGCAGACACAAAGCGACAAUUGUGGGAGCUGACAGCCAUGACCACCAACAGUAAUAUCAGCCGUCCCAUCUUCUCAUCGCACGGCUGACUCGUUCUGGACCUGACCCACACACGGCCCAACAGUACGAAAACCAGGCUGCUGACACCACAGAUCUGCUUUUUAGGCUUCCAGCUUGAGGAACUUGGCCUUUUUUAAAAAUAGAUUUUGAAGAUUUUAUUUGUACAGUUUGGAUCUGGCUCAGAACAUUUUUAUGGAUUUCUCAAUCUCCAAGAAAUAAGACAAAAAACUCCUCUUUUUAAUCAGUGGACACUGUGACUUUGGGGUGUUCAUGAAAGGUGCUGAUCUUAUGUGGUGUGUUCUGCUGUCUUUGUUUUGAUUAACGGCAGCAGAUAUUUCUUGAUGAGGAAUGAACAUGGACUAGUGGAAAAUAACUGCAGUAUUGUACGGCAUUAAAACACAAGUGCUUUUUCCAAAAGGCUUUCUGAAAGACUUGAUGAAGGAGAAAAAUGACCAUAUUCUGCUUCUUAAUUUUUUCCUUUCAAUCUGCUCAGCAUGGAAAGUAAUUCUGGCAAUCUGCACACGAAGAAGGCAUUCUUUAUCCACCUCUCAUGUGGGGUUUUAGAUAAUCACUUUCUCAUGCUAACAUUUUGAAUCAUCCUUUUUCUGUUGGACGGAAUGGAAGUAAUGGAAGUGUUCUGUGCAGAGUGACACUCUGGAGGUAGAUUAUGUCAGAGAGAUGUCUUCCAAACUGUAUUAACUGCAAAGCCAAUGAGUAUCAGCCAGAGGGUACAAGUAUCACUCCUGCUAAAAAAAAAAAAAAAAAGAAGUUAGCCAUGAGCAAGUGUGUGAUUCGCACCAUGUAAUCCACUCCCCCUCAGGGUAGGCAUGAAACCAGGCUGGUGUCUGUAAUGUGCUGCUUCCAUUUCCUUGCACAUGGAGUACGGUCCAUGUACAGUUCAGGGCAGCAACUCUCACCACAGACUCUCACAGGGGCUUCAUGUAGACGAACAAAAUCCUAAGAUCCCUCACCUUAAAUGGCAUGUUCACAUGAUGUUGAUGUGGUCUGAAAGCAAUGACAAAGUCUGGUCAAACUGCAACCCACAUGCCUGUGGUUUGAGCUUGUGAUGACAGUUCAGUCUCCGCUCUGCGGCCAGACUGGCGUGAUAUCACUCACUGUCCGUGGAAGAAGGUCAAGCUGCUCUAAUUAAUGCCCCUCUCCUGUCGUCUUUCAGCGCCUUGGUCUGUAGUCACUUGGUUUUGCGGUCUGCCCAAUAUGUUUGGAGGUUAAUGGAGUUUGGGCUUUGGGGAAGUUGCAUGAGUUGAGUGCACCAACGUGGGCAGUGGCCUGACCCAUCUGCAUGGCUUUUCACCCAAACAGAUUUUGAUUGGAUUUUUCAUUUCAUAUUCAAGAGAGUGUGUGACGACUUUUCUGAUUUCGUUAUUGGUAGCUGCUGAUAUUCCCUAAAUGUUUAGGGGUCCCCUGUUGUUGUUUUUUUAUGUGGAUGCUCUCAGUGGCAGAAGAAAGCUCUCUAGAGUGCACCAGAUACGGCGACAAGGAUGAGUUUAGCAACAGCAAUGCAUUAGACAUCAGGCGCCCUGUAUGGGAAAAGAUUAAAUUACUGAUGUAUACACAUGUAUGUUUUUGUGCUGGAUGUAUGGUCCUGUUUGCGAAACGUGAUCAGGGAUGAUGCAUAUGCAGACGCAGCACGUCACAGCUGGUUGGGCAUCACCGUACGUUAUGGGAGUCUUGCGGUGCAUGUGCAUGUGCUUGUGUGGGUGAGGUAGGGGAGGACAGGAAGGUGAUACCAAUGCGCUGUCUCUCUUUUACAGGUCUGUCCGUAGGUGUGUGUACAUGUUCAUUUAUUCAUGGAACGCAGCACUAUUCAACACCACAUGCCUGCACCAGCCCCCGUAACUUUAGCUGCUAAUAUUUACAGUACGCCUGGUGUUUCCCUCAGGACUCAAACGAUGAGACCAGGGCUCUGCCUAUGUGUAUUUCUUUUUGUUUUUUUGCCUAAUGUGGUGGAUGCAUCAGAUUGGCCUGAACAAGUCUGCAGUCUCAUUUGCCUGAUACCCAAUCACGUCCAGUGUCAAGCAUUAAUCGCUUGCAGUCUCUACUCUCUGUUCUAUUCUUUAAUUCAUUUCAUUGCAGUUAUAUGUAGAAGAAAAGCUAAAAUGUGUUGUAAUCAAUUUUCAAAGUUAUCAUUUGGUUGAUAAGUUAUUUUUAUGAUUUCAACCCUGAAAUCUAACGCUUUAUUAGAAGUGAAUACAUUGCAGUUUGCU